CUGGAGACGCUGCUGUCCUCCGCCAGCCGCCGCCUCCGCGUCCUGGAGGCCGAGACCCAGAUCCUCACGGACUGGCAGGACAAGAAGGGCGACCGGCGGUUCCUGAAGCUGAGCAAGGACCACGAUGUGGGCCCCUCUGUCAAACAUGGGAAGCCCAAGAAGCAGAAGCUGGAGGGCAAAGGGGGCCACGGGACCGGGCCUGGCCCCGGCCGGCCCAAGUCCAAGAACCUGCAGCCCAAGAUCCAGGAAUACGAGUUCCCGGAUGAUCCCAUUGACGUGCCCCGCAUUCCCAAAAACGAUGCUCCGAACAGGUUCUGGGCGUCGGUGGAGCCGUACUGUGCCGAUCUCACCAACGAGGAGGUCAGAGUCCUGGAGGAGCUGCUCAAGCCGCCGGAGGAUGAGGCUGAGCAUUACAAGAUCCCACCCCUGGGGAAGCAUUACUCCCAACGCUGGGCCCAGGAGGACCUGCUGGAGGAGCAGAAGGACGGAGCCCGGGCGGCAGCUGCUGCUGACAAAAAGAAAGGCGUCCUGGGCCCGCUGACCGAGCUGGACACCAAAGACGUCGAUGCUCUGCUGAAGAAGUCAGAGGCCCAGCAUGAGCAGCCAGAGGACGGGUGUCCCUUCGGGCCGCUGACACAGCGUCUCCUGCAGGCCCUUGUGGAGGAGAACAUCAUCUCCCCCGUCGAGGACUCCCCCAUCCCUGAGAUCGCCGGCAAGGACUCGGGAGCCGACGGUGCCGGCACGUCUCCCCGCAGCCAGAACAAGCCCUUCAG